AGUCCCAGACCGGCUCCUCCUUGCAGCGGGCCGCACAGCAGCCCCGCUCCUUUUUCCCAAAGCCCGUCUCCGGAGAUAGGAUCCAGGCUUGCCGCCUGAGCCCCGUGCGGGCCUGUGUGCCGUCUCCGCCCGCUUCCGGCCAUGGCCUCAGGCCCGGGACUCCGGCUCCUGCUGCUACUGCUCCUAUUGCUAUCACCGUCUCCAGCGGCCUCGGCCGCAGAUCGUCCCCGGGGCAGCGACCCCGUCAACCCAGAGAAGCUGCUGGUGAUCACCGUGGCCACAGCCGAGACGGAGGGAUACCGGCGUUUUCAGCGGUCGGCAGAGUUUUUCAACUACACCGUGCGGACCCUGGGCCUGGGAGAGGAGUGGCGAGGGGGUGAUGUAGCCCGAACGGUUGGUGGAGGACAGAAAGUCAGGUGGCUAAAGAAAGAAAUGGAGAAAUACGCAGACCGGGAAGAUAUGGUCAUCAUGUUUGUGGACAGCUACGAUGUGAUUCUGGCUGGCAGCCCCACCGAGCUGCUGAAGAAGUUCGUCCAGAGUGGCAGCCGUCUGCUCUUCUCCGCAGAGGGCUUCUGCUGGCCCGAGUGGGGGCUGGCAGAGCAGUACCCUGAGGUGGGCACGGGGAAGCGCUUCCUCAACUCUGGUGGAUUCAUCGGCUUCGCCCCCACCAUCCACCAAAUUGUCCGCCAGUGGAAGUACAAAGAUGAUGAUGAUGACCAACUGUUCUAUACUCGGCUCUACCUGGAUCCAGGACUCAGGGAGAAACUCAGCCUUAACCUGGAUCAUAAAUCCCGGAUCUUUCAGAACCUCAACGGGGCUCUAGAUGAGGUGGUUUUAAAGUUUGGUCGGAAUCGUGUGCGUAUCCGGAACGUGGCCUACGACACACUUCCCAUUGUGGUCCAUGGGAAUGGUCCCACUAAGCUCCAGCUGAAUUACUUGGGAAACUAUGUCCCCAAUGGCUGGACUCCUGAGGGAGGCUGUGGGUUCUGCGACCAGGACCGGAGGACACUCCCGGGGGGGCAGCCUCCCCCCCGGGUGCUUCUGGCCGUGUUUGUGGAACAACCUACCCCAUUCCUGCCCCGUUUCCUACAGCGGCUGCUGCUCCUGGACUAUCCCCCCGACAGGGUCACCCUUUUCCUACACAACAACGAGGUGUACCACGAGCCCCACAUUGCUGACUCCUGGCCCCAGCUCCAGGACCACUUCUCAGCUGUGAAGCUAGUGGGGCCCGAGGAGACCCUGACCCCAGGCGAGGCCAGGGACAUGGCCAUGGACAGUUGUCGGCAGGACCCCAAGUGUGAAUUCUACUUCAGCCUGGAUGCCGAUACCGUCAUCACCAACCCACAGACCCUGCGCAUCCUCAUCGAGGAGAACAGGAAGGUGAUCGCACCCAUGCUGUCCCGCCACGGGAAGCUGUGGUCCAACUUCUGGGGAGCCCUGAGCCCUGACGAGUACUACGCGCGCUCCGAGGACUACGUGGAGCUGGUGCAGCGGAAGCGAGUGGGCGUGUGGAAUGUGCCCUACAUAUCCCAGGCCUAUGUGAUCCGUGGGGAAACCCUGAGGACAGAGCUGCUCCAGAGGGAGGUGUUCUCAGGCAGCGACACUGACCCAGACAUGGCCUUCUGUAAGACUCUGCGGGACCAGGGCAUCUUCCUCCACCUCAGCAAUCAGCAUGAAUUUGGCCGCCUCCUGGCCACUUCCCGGUACGACACAGACCACCUGCACCCUGACCUCUGGCAGAUCUUCGACAACCCCCUGGACUGGAAGGAGCAGUACAUUCACGAGAACUACAGCCGGGCCCUUGAAGGGGAGGGACUCGUGGAGCAGCCCUGCCCAGAUGUGUACUGGUUCCCUCUGCUGUCAGAGCAAAUGUGCGAUGAGCUGGUGGAGGAAAUGGAGCACUAUGGCCAGUGGUCAGGAGGCCGGCACGAGGACUCAAGGUUGGCUGGAGGCUACGAGAACGUGCCCACCGUGGACAUCCACAUGAAGCAGGUGGGCUACGAGGACCAGUGGCUGCAGCUGCUGAGGACGUACGUGGGGCCUAUGACCGAGAGCCUGUUCCCAGGCUACCACACCAAGACCCGGGCGGUGAUGAAUUUCGUGGUCCGCUACCGGCCGGAUGAGCAGCCCUCUCUGCGGCCGCAUCAUGACUCAUCCACAUUUACCCUCAAUGUCGCCCUCAACCACAAGGGCCUGGAUUAUGAGGGGGGUGGCUGCCGCUUCCUGCGCUACAACUGCGUGGUCUCGUCCCCGAGGAAGGGCUGGGGGCUCCUUCACCCUGGCCGCCUCACCCACUACCAUGAAGGGCUGCCCACCACUCGGGGCACUCGCUACAUCAUGGUGUCCUUUGUUGACCCCUGACACUCAACCACUCUGCCCAGCCUUCCCUGCCAUUGUGCCUUUUUGUGCCUCCUUCUUUGGAGGGGGUCUCUCCGGCUCCUCGCCUCCUGGGUAUAUGUUCCAUGUGCCUGGGACUGAAUGUGUCGCCUCACCCCUGCCCACUGCCACGUGGCCCUCAGGAAGCUCAUGGAGCCCCCAGCCCCGCCCCUUAGCCCCCAAGGGUUCACAGGAAGAGGGCUUCUGGGGGUUCGCCAGGUAAUAAAUUAUUGUUUCUCAGUAUCCCUCUCAAUAAAGGAGGAUUUGUAACUCUCGA